UCUGCUGACUUCUUGCUGACUGCUGACCUUUCUCACUACAAUACUACUGUACUGUACUACCGUACAUUUUAGCUGAGCAGUCACUGCAGUGUAGCAUCCUAUGCAGGCUCCAUUUGUUGCACUAUUGACUGAAGAUCUACAAGUUUGACAAGCCAGGCCAAGCAGUGAAUCAUGGGAGGCAUUAUCAGUCAACAAGAGCAAGAGCCCAGCCACCACCCACCAGAAGAGAUUGAGGGCUGGCUUCUUAUUGGACCUGGGAUAGAGGAGAGCUGUGAGGUGUUUGUGUCAGAGGAUAUUCACACAGGUCCUUCAAGAGAGCCAUGCUCUGCAGACAGGCCAAUACACAAGUGUCCCAGUGAUCCAGAGUUGCCAAGAUCCAGAUUUCUCUUUGAUCCCGGUCCCCUUCCUAGCAUUAUCGAGGAGUCAUUAUCAUGUGACCCAGGUCCCUCCAGUCCUCAGCACACCCGAAGCUCCAGUGCAGACUCUGGGCCCCUCUUACAAGAUACCUCCCCUCUGUCCAGCCUCGAGUCUCGGCCUAGGGACAAGUCCCGAACAGCCAGUGUGGAGUCUAGGACCGCUAGGACUGCCAGUGUUGAGUCUAGGACCACUAGGACUGCCAGUGUGGAGUCUAGAGAGAUUAUGUCACUGGCAUUUCCUGAGGUAGCGGACAGCGUGGGGAGUGGCCGCUCACUGAACCUGCGCUGUGAUCUGGACUCAUUUAGACAUCCCAGUAAUUCCAACAGCGACUGUGGAUCUGGGAGAUUACCAUCAGAAGGGUUUCAACUCGACUACAUCUCAACCAGUACGUUGCAAGACAGUCCAGUUGAGAGCAUUCUGAUGGAGACACGGAGGACGUUCAGAGAUGAUGGUUUCCUGGCAGCUGUGAGAUUCUUGCAGGGACACAUCGACCAAGAUCCAGACAGGGAGGUCAGCAGGUCGCUGCUACAUGAGGCGUGUGCACAGGGCACUGAUGUGUUCACAUUCAACAUUGUUCUAAUGAAUGUCGACAAGAACAUGGUCAAUCACAGGAAUGAGAGACUAGAUGAUCGCACACCGCUGGCCGUGGCUUGUACCUACCUCCCACUGACUAUCAAUGAGAGGACUCGCUGGCUUGAGGAACAACAGAAAACCAAGAUCACUAAACUGCUCAGUCUCAGCUCAGACUGCACUCUGCCUGAUAAGGAUGGCAACACUCCACUGCACCUGGCCACCUUGCACAACAAUGCAGACUGUGUUAAACUCAUUCUCAAGAAUACCCCAACCUGCCGGGACAUUGCCAACAACCUGGGCAACACCUCACUGCACAUAGCCUGUAGAGAAGGACGCCUUAGUGUCAUCUCUGUACUACUGGAGCAUCAAGCCAAUGCAAGACUGCUCAACAGAACAAAGAAGCAGCGUUGUCCACUACACCAAGCCAUAGUGAAGGGACACACUAAAGUAGUGGAGGUGCUGGUGAACUAUGACCCUGGAGUGGUGGACUGUACUGAUGGGAAACGAAUGCAGCCGCUGCAUCUUGCCCUGAAACAUCGCUCUGCUGCCAUGGCUGUUAGCUUGUUGAGUCAGCAACACUGUCCAGUCACCUGGCCUGACGCUGAUGGACGUACCCCCCUCCACUAUGCGUGUGAGUGGGGGGAGAGUGAACUGGUGGGCUGGUUGCUCAAGACUGACUCAUCUCACUCCUACAUAAACACUCAAGACAACCACGGAGACUCCGCCCUACACUUAGCUUAUCGGCAUGGUAACUGUGAUAUAGUCACCCUACUCAAGUCAAAGAAUGCAUCCAAGAAAAUCACAAACAAAGCUGGUGAGACUGCCAAGGAGGCUGGGGUAAAUGCUGGUCAUCCCCCACAUCCCAAGAAGGGCAUCAGAGGAUUGUUCAAUAGUAGAAGAAGAGAUCAUUUUCCAAGGAUGUCCUCGACAGACUCUCUGCUAACGAGUACUAGCUCCGCCCACUCUCUGCUGACGAGUACUAGCUCCGCCCAUACCAUCCCCCCAGCUGGUGGAGAGCCUCUAUAAUGGACUAUCACAGUACUGUUCAUUUCACUCAAUUUUGUUCACUUUUUGUGUCUCUAGCACUUUUUAUGUCAGCCAUGUAAUUUACAAUAAUUAUUCCAGAUAAUAACAUUACAUGUAUUAUG